UGUUCAAGGUUCUCUAGGUGGCCCCUGCACCUGCAGGUGCACUCGUCAGCUGGAUGGCAGCCAGCAACCACAGGCAAAUGGAGCCCUCAAGAUCUGGACCGUGAACAACAUCACCAGGUGACAGCAGUUGGCUACAAGCCCAAAUCGCAGCUGACUGGCCUAGUGUCGAACUCGCCGCCUCAGCUGAUGGAUAAAGCGUCGCCCAAUUUGUCGACGGCUUCCAAGUCGGCCAGCCUGCCCGGCUACAACAAUCGCGGAUUUCAUGGGGCCGUCUACAACAACACGAGCAGCCAGGCGACUGUGACGUCACUCUACGGCGGUGGCGGCGGGAGUGGCGGCGGCGGCGGAGCCAACGCCCUGUCGUCGUUUGUCAAUAAAAACCAGACGGACAAGUCCGUCUCGAAAGUGGUAGCGACGGAUCAACAGCCGCUGGCUGGCCAAAAGAAGAAGAAAUGGACCGGAUGGAGCGGCUUUUUCCGGCGCAAUAGUAAACCGUCGUCGGCUCAGCAGACGGCCCCGCCCGUUCACGACGACACCAUCAGCUCAGAUGAAGAAACCGGGCCCGCCCAGCACCACCAGCACCAGCACCAGCCCACGUCUCAUUCUCGUCUUGUCGGUUCUCCCGUCGCUUCCGGUGGCUGCCACCAAGCGAAACCUCUGACGUCGGAGGAGGCCAGCAAAAAGCGGCUGUUUCUCCAGCACCCGCCCAGGACCCUGUCCAAGGAUCGCUCGCCCGUCGUCGACUCUCUGAGUCCGCUGCAGAGCGACCUGAGCGCUAGUCAAACGUCGCUGAGCCGCAAAGAGCGUCGCGACGCCAUUUUGGCCCGUGCCCAAGCCCGUCGCAACAACCACGGCGGAACCAGCGCCGGUGGAAGCAGUUCGGACGAGCAGCCGGACAAGGACCAGGUCCAUCAUCAGCAUUUGAGGGCGCCGUCGCCGUCGUCCUAUUGGCGCUGCGGCGGUCACCACCAGAGUCAGGAAAGUUUGACGAGCAACGGCAGCGCCAGCCGUGCCGGACACGCAAAGUCACGUACGGGACGGACGGAGCGAUACCUGCAGCGGCGGUCACGCGAUGAAGAUUCACUGCGACGGGAAAUGCAGCAGCAACAACAACAGCAACAACAAUCGCAAAGUAGUCGACAUGCCUCGCCGUCUUGCGCCGACUGGCCGUCGACUUGUGCGCAGCUCAAUCCAUCAACGUCCAAGUUGCCGGGCGCUCCAAACAACCAGCGCUGGCUGUCGCCCGUCUCCUCUUCGAUCCAGGGACCAUGGGGUGGAGCCGCCGCCACCGCCGCCCAUCACCAUCCGGAAACGGGGCCAUCCAAUGGCGUCCAGCGGGUGGUGGGCGAGUCGCCCGUCACUCUCAGAAAGCCGGCGUACAACAGCCACAACAACAAUAACAACAACAGUCCAGUCGUUGGACGGGCUCAGUCGGCCUUGGUGACACAUCCCAAACUGUCCACUCCGCCGCCACCUCCGCCUCGCAAUCCGCUCAAAAAAUCGUAUUUGCUUCAAGUUCAAUCCGGCGACCAGCAGACGGGCCAGCAACCAGGCCAGCAGUUGCCACUUCAUUCGUCUUCUGGACGGCCAACUUCUUUCUCCUUUGGUGACCUUUCACGUUUCGGACAACAGCAACAACAACAACAACAUCAGCUGAGUCCUGGCCCGUCGUCUCUGCACGACUACCAAAAUGUCGAUCAGGACGGACGGCUCAUUCCGACGUCCAACAGUCACGCCCUCCAUUUGCCAGUCACGUCGCCCGUUCAGCGUCGAGUCUUGAACAGUUCGCCUCAGCAGCGACAGCAGCCGGGCAGCCCCAGCGGCCGACACCAUUCGGCCUUUUUCCCGUCCGUCUCGGCCAAAUCGCCUUCGCCGUUCAAAUCUCCCGACCAGGAGCGAUCCAAACCGCCACCUUGGCUGGCCAGUCCCGUCUCCGCCAUGAAGCAGUCGGCGGCCAGCCCUUCCGCCCCGCCCGUCCGUGAAUUCUGGCGCUCCAAGGAAGUCCAGCAGCAGAAACCGAUGCCAACGUCGACGAAAAGCGCCCGGGAGCGACUGGCUCCGUUCCACUUGACGGGCAACAACGGGUCCGUCAGUUCGCUCAACAGCGAUUUGUCCAGCCCGAGAAGCCGUGACCCUGGCGCCCAGCACCACAACAACAACAACAGCAACAACGCGGUGGCCAUUUCACCGGUAGGAGUCGAUUGCCCGCCCUUUUAUAUGGCGACGACAACCGGAAACGCUUUGAACUCUGUUAAUGGAGCGGCGGCGGGCACGCCCAGGCGGUUCCCGCUCGUGUCGAACGAUCACAACAACACCAACAACAAUCAGCAGCAACAGCCGCCUCACCACCACGUCAGGGAAUUGUCGCAGUUGAAGCCCAGCACAGACCGUCACCUGGAGCAGGCCAUUUGCGAGCUGGAACAGAUUUACCGCAGUCUCAAGCUGGACGGCGACGAGGAUUUGCUGGACAGGGCCGAGCGGAGGGACUUGCCCACUGUCCACCAGCAACUGGCUCAGUUGCCGUACUCGGCCGUCAGCACGGCCAGCGUCUGCAGCGGAUCGGAAUCCGGAGGCGAUCCUUUGGGUGGGCACGGGAUCACGUCUGACCUGGACACGAUGAUGAACUGGAGCAUUUCCGGCUCGUUUGAGAAUCUGGGCUCGGCCAGCACCACCACCUCCACCACCAACACGGAGCUUCAGCGGGUCCGAGCGCCGCCUAACCGCCGCUCGGCCGUCCCCGACAAAGUGGCCGACGACAUGGCCGUCCGUCGCUUGGCGGCCGCUGCCCGCAAGAGCCAGUGCAACGAUCCGCAAGCGAUCGCCGCCCAGUCGGGCUCUUAUUUGCUGCUGUCGCCGUCGGUGACUGCCGCCAUGGCGACGGACUCGCAGGAUCUCGAUGGAUCAGGAUGCAGCCGCUCUGGUUCUUUUUCACCGGACGAACCGGAUGUCAUUUACGACGACGUGGCCUACCGACAAAUUCGCCAGGCCAAUAAAUCGCUGCGAGUUGCCGAACCGCAGCCGCCGUUUGGCAUCCCGCUCGGCCCAGUCACGCCCGCCUCCCCCUCGGACUAUUUGCACAGCUCCGUCACUCCGGAGCAGAUGGACUUGCGCCCGCUCCUCCACCCCACCAAGUACCCGGACCUGGUGCGCGACGAUUUGGCCUUCCGCAACUUACGUAAAGAUGCCGGCCAGCUCCAGCUGCCGCCCGGCCCCGUCAACACGGACAAGCUGGACGAUUUGCUCCAGUACGUUCCCCAGCAGUCGGCCACCAAGUCGCUGAAGAAGAAACGGGCCAUCCGCUCCCUGUCGGCCAAUAUCGGCCAGCUGAUUCGGAUGGACGCGGCCAGGCCCAGCGGCGGUGGCGGCGUCGUCGAUUUCAACCGGGCAAACGACGACCAAGAGGAAGAAGAUGAACGUUACAUCGGAUUCAAUCCGUUCGACUCGCGGGCUCAGAGCUUGUCUGACCUGCUGGACGAGUCGGCCGGCUACCCGACCAACAACAACACGUACAACAGCAACAACAGCAGCAAUCAGCUGGGCAAAUGUGCCAAGACUCCGCGGGCCGUCAAGCAGCGCAGCGGAUUGAAGCGAGUGGGCAAAUCUGUGGAGCCGGACGACGUGGACGCCAUCAUCCAGCGUCAAGUGCGUCCCAUGGCCAGCUGGGUGGAGCGGGCCCAUUUGAGCGACGUGCCGGCCAGCAGCACGGAGACCAUCACCAACGUGACGGAGAGAGUUCCGGCGCUGGCCAAACUCUACCCGACGUCUGCCCUGGCCGCCACCAGGAAAUCGGAAGUGGUGGCUCCGGUCCAGCAACAGCAGCAGCAGCCACCAGAUCUGGAAAUGGACCACUUGAUUUCCGAGUUAUCGGAAUGUUCCGUCGCUGCUCCUGCUGCUCCAGGAGCUGGACGGAAGAGACAAGUGGAUUCAAGUGGAUUGCAGUUGGCGCUGAAACCACCGACGGGCGCCGGGUCGUUUUCGAGUGAAGUGCCCGGUGCCAGCAGCACCAGUCCAGCUGCCAGCCACUGCUGGGAGGAAUCGCCGCUGUUCCAGUCGACUACGCAGUUUCACUUUACGCAGCAGCAGCAGCGCUCGGCCUCGCCGGCCAACAGCAGCGAUUCCGGCCAGGUGUCGUGCUGCGCCCGCGAAGUCCGCCAGAUCCUGCACCACCAAAUCCGCCAGGAAGAGAAGGAACGGGAGCGAUUGGCCUCGAUGGCCUCGUCGUCGUCAGGUGUUGCGUCCAAGGGCCGCCAACCGACGACGACGGCCACCACAGCAGCAGCUACCACUACUGCCACUCCGACGUCCAGGAAAUCCAGUGGAGGCGGGCGCAAGAUGAGCAACAACAACGAGACGGGAAACGGGAGCGCUCCGGUCACGGCCGUGGAGAAGAGGGACGAGCGGAUCGCCCGCUACAAGGAAGAGCGUCGAAAACAGUUGCAAGCCGCACGCCAUCAGGCCGGAUCGGCGGCGGCAGCGGCGGCCGGAACGCUUGGCCUUGGCCAUGACCACAGCUCGUCCAGCGAAGAUCUUCCGCACGAGGAGCAGUCGUACGCCAAAUACAAGCACCGCAAACAGAUGCAGAAGCAACAGCUGGAAUCACGGGCGCCGGAAGAGCAUCCGCCGACGACGGCCAACGUCAGUGACCUGGUCAAUUGCAACGUGAGCUCGAGCGGGAUCAAACGGUUCAUCAAGCGCGAGAGUCCCUUGCUGGCCAGCGAGGACAACAACGGAGUGGCUCCGGUGCGCAUCAACCGGGCCGCCCGGCUCAGAGCCGCCGCCACCUCGGCCACCCCGCCGCCCGUCGAAGACAAGUCGGUUCAGAGAGUCAAAAGAUUGUCGGUUCCACUGCUGGAAAUGCCGCCCAUCGAUCCGUCAGACGGCCAGGCUGCUGGCCCUGUAGUUGAUAAUGGCGGCCAGCCGGGCGGCGUAGUUGUGGUCCUCCGACAGAAACUUCCUUCUUCAUCUUCAUCGUCGUCAUUACAGGCCGGCAGCCGUGAAAAAGAUAAGAGCACCAAACGCAAAUCCAAUUUGAACCGGGCCUUGACGGAUGAGCAGGUCCUCGCCACCGGCCAAAUUGAAUCUCAAGAAGAGACGGGCAAGAGGAUUAGGAGGCGAAGGACGGCCGAGUUGGUGGCCGGUUCGGCUGCGUCUUCCGCCGAGACGGACAUCAGUUCCAGCAUCGACAACAGCGCGAUGAUGUUGCAGCGCCGGACCGAGUCGACGGUCCAGCACCCGCCGACGCGCCAGAGUCCGCAACGAGACCCGGCGGCCGAUUUGCGGGCCAAUUUACGCAAGACCAGUCAACCGCCGGCCUUCAUCCGCCCGCCCGUCCCUGAAAUUCACAACAUUAGCGAGAGCCUCGUGACGACAACUCCGGUGACGGCUGAUAAUUCCGCCUCUUUCCCAGCUCCUCCUCCUCCUCCGGUUAGUUCUUCAUCGUCCGUUCCGUGGCGGACGGGCAAAGUCGCUUCGGCCGAAAAGCUUCCGCCGCCGACGACGACGACGGAGCCCAUCAAAACGGAAGAUUUAACAGCCCGGAUCGAAGCCUUGACGGCCAUGGCUCAUCAGACGGUGGCCAAGGUGGACCGGUUGACGGGCGGGACGCCCGAUCGGGAAUUGGUCACCAACGGAGCGCAUCCGCCGCCCUCUGGCGGCGCCGGAAGCGUCAAGGCCGUGGCGACUAAACUCCUCAAUCGCGUCGCCAACGUCCAACCGGCUCCGUCCAGUCCGACGGCUCUACCUCGUCGCCCGGCCAGCAAAAUCGAGCCUCCCAAUGCCUCCGUCAAUUCCAAUUGCAGUCCGGCAGUUAAAUUAUUACCAGCUGCGACCGCUGGCAGCGCCCAGCAGCAGGGGAAACUGCAGCAGGGCCAGCAGCAGCCCCAGCCCCAGAGUCCGUCCUUGUUGCUGUCCAAAAAUAGACCAGCCGUCAACCCAAUUGAGAAGGCGACGGGCGCCAGUUGUAGUCCCGCUGGCGUCGCUGCUGUGCCACCGUCGACGCGUGCCAACUCCGCCAACGCCUCGUCGUCGUCGUCGUCACUGGCCCGUAAGAAAUCAGCUGAUCAGAGUCUGGAAAAGACGCAGAACAAAGUAGCAGCCGAGUCAGCGGCCAGCGGGAGUGGCGGCCCGUCUUCCAGCGUCAAAGCCGUCCAGGGAAUCCUCAAGAAGAAAGUGGAAGGCGGUUCCAGUGCAGGUGCAGGUGGUGGUGGUGGUGGUGGGGCUGCUGCUGUCGUAGAGUCGACUAGUGUUCGCAUCCGGCCGGAAGUAUCGGCUCCGGAAUUAUACCCGAUCCUCCGCGUCGAAGAAGAAGUCGUCUCCACUCCGCUGGAUCCUGUUUCGAUCCUGAAAAAGCGGUUCGAAGAGCCGACGGAAUUAUCGGCCGUUGCGCCAGUGGCGCUCGACGGAAUCGCCGAGCCGCACUCGAUUCUCAAGCGGCCGCUCAGCCGCGACGGCAGUGCCGAAUCGGCCCGUUCCCAAUCGCCCGAUCCCAUCAAUUCGAUCCUGAAACGAGCGUCGCUCACUUCGUCACCCGGAUCAAUCCUGCUGCCGGAUCCAGUUUUGAUCCUGUCCAGCAGCAACAGCUCCGAACCACGUCCGAUCCUCAAGAAAAGGCCGUCGACGGACGAGCCGGGGGCCGACGGAGGGCCGCGCCCCAUUUUGAAGAAGAAAUCCAGCACGGAAGACGAGCACGAACUCGCCACUCACAAGCCGAUCCUCAAGAGCGGGCGGAGGACAUCGCAGGUCGCCGAGAGAGAGCCGGAAGCCGCCGACCAACCGGAAGAGCCACAUCCAGCGGAAGGAGGAGAAGAGCCUCGCCAAUUGUCGAUAGCCGAGCGGAUCAGUUCCAUCGAAUCGCAAACAAAUCCGCCCGCUGCCUCCGCCGCUCCUUGGCGCCUUCAAUCGCGCCCAGUCAACUCCGUUCCAGUCAACAGUUCCGCCUCUGAAUCGCCCAUUUCACGAAGGAAAUCCUUGGAUCACGUGAUCGAGUCCAAUCGCAGUGCCGGCCUGGUGGAAGCCGUCAAUCGGCACGUCGUCGAGGCGCAUGCGCACACCAAUGGCAAUGGCACCAGGACCAGUCCCGACAUUUUAACCCAACCGGAAGCGGAAGUUGCUGCAGAUGAAUUCGAUCCGUCCAAACUGAGCCUUCGGGAUCGAGUGAAAUUGUUUGACCGGCCGCUCUCCGUGGCAGGGCCGGCAUCCGCCCUACCUCCCAAGCGACCGUCCCGCAAGGUCGUGGCCCGCUUCCUGACUCAGCCCGUCACCAGCCGUGAAGUGAGAAAGGCUCUGCAUCUGGGCUGGACCAGAGGAGGAGGUCCGUCGACGGCCAAGCCCGCUAUCCCGACCAUAGAAAUCAGUCGAGAACUUUGCGACGAAGAAACGAAACCCAAAGAAAACGAGGAAGAAGCGGCUAGUGCUUCCGGCCUGGAUAGAAUCCGAGGAAUUUUGCGGCGAAAGAGUUCGGACAACGCGACGGAGAUGAAGAGCAUUUUGCGGAGUAAAUCUCCAUCCAGCAGCGGCGAGCAGCCCAAAUCGAUUUUGAAGCGCCACUCGCCGGAUGUCAACGAAAUGGAGCGGUCUUCUUCUUCUUCCAGCAGCAGCAGCUCGGAAGAAUUCCCGGUUCCGGCUGAAAACAAUCUGGCCGCCCAAUUGCUCAACGUCGAACUGGAAUCGAAAAAUCAGUCGAUCGAUCCUGCAGGAUCGGUCGUCCAGCCGAAGACUGAAGAAACAACUGUGAUUAGCCAAACCGAUCCGGCCCAGUCAACCCCUACAACUGCAGGCAAACAACAACAGGCGAAACCGAGCCCGGCCGAGCCGAGUCAAUCAAGUCAAAGCCUUGCCCAGUCCACUGUCCGUCGUGAAACCGAGACCAUCAUCUUGGAAUCGGAAGGCAGCAGCAGCGGGACUGAGACGACGACAACCGUCACAUUCCGGCUGGGAGGCGGCAGCGCCGGAACGACAACCGUCAAACAAUCGCAGACGAAAAUCAAGACCAACAAAAUCGCCAAAAUGGAUCAGCAGGAAACGAGCGAAUCCAGCGUCGCUUCUAGCAGACGGACGGCCGUCUUUGUUGACGAGGAUGAUGACGGCAGUUCAUCCGGCGCCGAAGUCAAAACAACGGUAUCGUUGAGGUUGGCGGCCCUGCAGAAGAGCGGCGACACUGAGUGGCGCAAAAGGAUUUCCAAGCCGGUACCGGGCAGCCCAUCCAGCCCGUCGGCCACGACCGAAGUGGACGAAGCCGCCACCAACUCUGACGGAGACAUUCCAACCACCAAGAGCAGCAGCAGCAUAGCCGACCGGCUCAAAGUCCUGGAAACGGCCCAGAAAGGAUGGAAGAACAGGGUUCACGAGCCGGACGCUGCCCGUUUCACCGUGGCCGGCAAGAUGGCCGGACAGCAGCAGCGCCCAGUCUCCGUCCACGUCCUCUCCUCCGAAAUGAUCAAAAUCAGCGCCGGCGCCACGGACCAGAAAAUCAAAGUCCCCAAACCGGUUCCGUUGCGGGUCAAGGCCGGCGCUGAUGGAUCGGCCGGCGCCUCCGACUCAUCUCCAUCCACCGACGACGUCAAACCGCCAUUCAACCGAUCUACCUCCGAUCCCAGCAGCACUACUCCAUCCAGACUCAUAAUUCCGGUAGUUGGCAAAGUCACUUCGCGAAUCGUUUCAGUCCCUCGGCCGGACGACGAAACGUUCACUUCCUUCUUUGCCGCCUCCUCCUGGUCGCUGGCCCAGUCGUCUUCAACCCCAUCCGUCACGGCCGUCGUCUCAUCCUCGUCGUUCGCCGACAUCACGGACGAGGAUUUCGAAAGGAUCGCCGGAUCGCGUGACUUGGUGGUGGUGGAGAAACGGUCGGUCAAUGUCCAGCGGAGGAAACACAACACGUCGCGAAAUCCGAUCAAGUCGCUCAUUUUGCGGCCGGACAUGUUGCGAGACGAGUACGAGGAAGUGGACACGGGCGUGGCCGAGCGCGAAGUCCAGCGGAUGAAAUUAGAGAAACUGGCUCAGAAUUCCCAUCUGGCCGUCGAGGCGUUGGCCGGCCUGGCUUCCAAAGAGGAUUUCGCGGCCAUUUCCCUGAAAUCGGCCAAGGAGACGGGCGGUGGCGGUGACCAGCCCAACAACAAGGCCGGCUCGACCUAUCUGAUGCAGGUCAAGGGCCGGCGCCAAAUUCAAACGCGUUUAGUCCAGCCGACCUACCAGUCGGUCAACAGCGGCGACUGCUACAUCCUCGUCACGCCCACCGACGUCAUCCAGUUCAUCGGCCGCUACUCGAACGUCAUCGAGCGGUCCAGGUCGACCGAAGUGGCCGGGCGGAUCGUGUCCAAGAAAGACCUGGGCAGCGCCAGAGCCUCGCACGUCCAGAUCGUCGAGGAGGACAAAGUGGGAACCAAUUCCUUUUACGGAUCCUCCAAGCGCUUCUGGACGGCCCUGGGCAGGACAGACGCCGAGCAAUCGGUGGCACCAGCUGGACCACCGGAAGAGGACGAGCUCUACGAGUCGGCCAUCACCAGCACCAACACGGUGUGGCAACUGAGCGGCGAUCACCUGGAACCUUGCGAACAACAUUGGGGGACGAUCCUGCAGACGGAUAUCCUCGAUCCUAACAAAGUGAUGGUCUUUGAUUUCGGCAGCGAAAUGUACGUCUGGAGCGGAAAAAUGGCUCCACUGGAAGUGCGGAAGAGAGCCAUGCGGCUGGCCAAGGAGCUGUGGGAUCAGGGCUACGACUACAGCGAGUGUGCCAUCAACCCGGUGUUCCAGCGCCACACGUCGGCCGAGCUGAGCAAAGGCCAGCAGAGACCCGAUUGGACUUUGCUGCGCUCCGCCAAGCAGCACAUGGAGCCCGUCCUGUUCCGCGAGAAAUUCUUCGACUGGCCAGACAAGAGCGGCCUCAUCCGGGUCAAGAACCAAGACAGCGACGAUAAUAAGACGGCCAGCGGCGGCGGUGGUGGUGGUGGGAACGACAUUUCCUCGCUGGAACCUUACGACGCCCAGCUGAUGCUGGACUACGAGCUGGAAGAUCCCGAUUUAGAACUGGAAGGUGCCCACCUCGGCCGCGGUGUCGAGUACUACGACCCAGCCGAACGUCGACUCCAGCAGAUCUCGACGCUGAGCGUCAAAGUGUGGCACUUGGCCGAUUACGAGAAGGUCCUGCUGGAUCAAGUGUCUCGCGGGCAGUUCCACUCGCGGGACACGUACAUCAUCCGCUGGCAGUAUCGGAUAACUGUCACGGGCAAGGAUUUGAAGGGCCAGCCGUCCGUUCACGGCCUUUUGGGUCGCGAUCGCUUCUGCUACUUCAUCUGGCACGGCGCCCAGGCUCCGCCCACCGACCAGGGCGCCUCGGCCCUCAAAACGGUCGAGCUGGAUGAAGAGCGCGGCCCUCACGUUCGCGUUCAGCAGGGACACGAACCCCCCGCUUUCCUGGCCAUCUUCCAAGGACGGAUGACGAUCCAGAACGGCAAGCGCGGCGAGACGGACGAGUCUGAGCGAUGGCGGCUGUACAUUGUGCGCGGCGAGGUGGAGGAAGAGGCCCACCUGCUGCAAGUGCGUCGCUGCGUGGCGGCCCUCCGCAGCCGCGGCUCGUUGGUGCUCGUCAACCUCUCGACGGGCACCGUUUUCCUCUGGCACGGCGCCAAGUCGCUCAAACACACCCGCCAGGUGGCCAGCGCCGCCGCAGCCGCCCUCAAGGAGCACAGACCACCCGAGUUGAACGUCCGGACUGAAGCGAAUUUGGCCGUCAAGGAGCAGUACGAAGGAGCCGAGUCGCGUGAGUUUUGGGAAGGCCUGGGGCACAAGAGCCGGGUGGCGGACCGCUCACUCUACCUGUCGCUGGCCGAGAAGCCCAUGGAGAACCGAUACGAUUACACGGCUCGUCUCUUCCAUUUGACGUCGUGGACGGGCCAAUUCCGGGCCGACGAGGUCGCUCCUUCUUCCCGCCUACCCCAACUGCCGUGCCCCUACCCUUUUGUCCAGGAGGAUUUGUACGGAGCCAAUCAACCGACGCUGUUCAUGCUGGACAAUGAGCACGAAGUGUGGCUGUGGCAGGGCUGGUGGCCGGACCUGCCCGACACGGAUAACACCAACACGGGGUCGGGUAAGCUGCGACUGGCCGUCGAGCGACGCUGCGCCAUGGAGACGGUCAUGGAAUAUUGCCGCCUCAAAGGCGAUCAGCUGGAUCGAAUCCCACCGCCGGCCUAUCUCGUGUCGGCAGGACUGGAGCCGCUGGCCUUCACCUCCCUCUUCCCCUAUUGGACGGCCGACGAGCGCGUCGCCCAGCUCAAUAUUCAGGAGGGGCGGAGUCCGGGCGAGCUCCAACCCAUUCAAGACGUGCUGGAGCGACUGAAGCGUACGACGUACACGAUGAGCGAGCUUCAAGUGCGUCCGCCUCCGGAAGGAGUCGAUCCCACCCGACUGGAAUCUUAUUUGAAAGACGACGAUUUCCAGGAAACGAUGGGCAUGGCCAAAACGGAAUUCUACGCUCUGCCCGCCUGGAGACAGACGCAACUGCGCAAGGAGACUGGACUCUUUUGAAAAAGUGGACAGAGACCAUUGAAUAAUUAUAUGGACGCCCCCCCCCCUUCCGCAUGGACAUCCACACCCAUUUUAUGACACACGUACGAAAAUUCACUGAAGCCGCCGACUGGAAUGAUCGAAUCAUCUGCAACGGACAAUAUCGCCAUUUUGUGAUAUGUAUAAUAAUAAUAGUUAACCAAAUUUUUAAAAUUACGAUUUGAAAAAAACAAUUAAGAAGGAGGAAAUAAUUUUAAAAAAGGUAAAUAACAAUUUCAAUGACGAAAUAGGCACGCACUCUCUUUUGAGCGUGUUCAUAAUAGAUGCUGUUUAGUCCUCACCCCCAAUUUUUAAACCAAUUUCAUUUGAUGACCAUAUUGCACCGAUUGUUUGUUUCUUGUUAAUUGUUUCCCUUCCCUAAAUAUUUUGGGCGCCAUUUUCAAAAAAAGUGUCUUUUUGAAAAUGGCGGAAACCUUUUUCCGGAGCUUUUUUUUAAUUAUUAUUAUUAUUAUUCUAAGGUCGAAUCGCUUUGUGUGUGUGUGCCUUGACGAUCAAUUUUUCUGGUUGAAAUAGUCGAGAGUAUUUGAUUCUUUUUUUCAUUAUUUUUCCAACCAACCAACAAACAACAAAAUAAGAGAAACUUUUUGACGUCCCCCUGUCCACUUUCGUUUUUCGCUCGACAGUCGUGAAAAUGACGGUCUAGGCAACUGGCGACGCCGCGUGAAAGACGUGUGCGUGCGUUUCGCCUUUUCUUGUCGGCGUCGUCGAAAGGCGAAAGGCGGAAAAUGGGAAAAAAAGGGAAAAAUCUUGAAAGAGUUUUUGUACAGUUGUCGUGAAAAAUACGCGACACGAGAGAGAGAGAGAUACGAUUUGAAUAUUUUUCUUCAAUUCUUUUUUAUUUUUCUUUUCGCGCAACUUUUGGCCGACAAAACUUUCGCUUCCUUUCUACAUGUUACGACAUUGUUGGAGAUGUAUUUCCCACCCCCCCCCUUAUAUUCCCGCGCCAGACAGGAAAGAAAUUUUCAUUUUAAAAAAAUUCAACUAACGACAAGCUUUUUUCCUUUUUAUUUUUUUAUUUCAAUUUUCUUUCCUCCUUCAUCAUCAAAAGUGAAUAAUUAUGUCAGACGUGCUCUCCCGUUUCGCCCCCCCCCCCUUCGUCUCAUUACGUGCGCACUCACACACACAACGAUCACUUGCAGACAUUUGUGCUGAUGAUGUUCUCGAUGCUAUAAAUAUCAAAAUGAUAUCACGAAAAAUAAAACAAAACAAAAAUAAAUAAAAAU